CCCAGCCGCUGUCGCUGUCGCACCGUCCAAAAAAGAAACGAAUCGUGUUUAUGCAUUUUAUCCGAGACACACAAACACACGCACGCACACAACACGACGCAAUUGACACCAGGCCGCGACGGCUGCAGAACGCGCGCGCGCAUCAGGCAGCCCCCCCCCUCCCAAAACCAGCACACCGCAUCGUAAGUGCAAUGCACUGCACUGCGGCUGGAUAACUACUAAAGGGGGGGGGGGCGCGUUCAAAAAGUCAAUGUCUACAAAGGUGGCACCACCUUACUAUGCGCGCGCGCACGCGCGCACAAGCGUAAAACCCUGGUACUUGCGCUCGCGCAUUUCCAGGAAAGAUGGUGGAAAUCUCAUUGCCGCAGCAUCAUGCUGCGGCAGGGAGUUUGAAUCGCGAGAUACGUUGCGUAUAAGUAGUUGCGCGAUCACGCUGCGUCCGUCUCCCACCGACCUAAAAAGCUUAUGCCCACGACUGAAAAGCGCAACGCCUCGUGAUAUGCUAUGCCUGUACUUCGUGGUGUUUGCAGAAGAAGAGUAUUUACCUAACG